ACGGAAAGCGCAUGUGGUCCGGGCGCCGUUACCAUGGAGGAGAGACGAAUGAAGAAGCGCAGAAGCAGCAGCAGUAGCAGCAGCUGUGGCGGUUCAGACUCUCUUUCGCCAAUUAACAGUCUCGACGAUGGAUGUCUCAUGCACAUCUUUAGCUUCCUCUCCCCAAUUCCAGAUCGUUAUAACACCGCCCUGGUUUGCCACAGAUGGUGUUUCCUAGCAUGCCAUCCUCGCCUAUGGCUGCGUGUGGACAAAUCCAUCAAGGAUCCAUCUGAGCUUGGAGUUUUCCCUAACAUUGAAACUGCUAUUUCUGCAGCUAGGCCUGGUGAUACUAUUUUGAUUGGUCCUGGCAUGAAGCAUGUUGUUUGUAAUAUACAGAUAAAGAAGCCACUUUGCCUGAUUGGAGGAGGUGAGCUUCCUGAUGAGACAGUACUGAUCUGUUCUCGGGGUUCUAACAGUGCCUUGGAGUUCCUCUCUACCUGUAAGGUGGCAAAUCUGACAGUGAGAGCAGAGCUUGGGUGCUGCUUGCUUCACAGGAGUGGAAGGCUGACCAUAGAGGGUUGCGUACUUCAAUGCGAGGACAACCCUUUAGACUACCUUUCAUGCCCAAUUGUGAGUACAGCAUCAUCGGCAGUGAAGGGACGGGGUGAUAGUGUCUCUGUAUCACGGACUCGGAUUGAGGGGGGAGCUAAGGCUGUUUUGACCAGUGGAACCCUGGUGUUGCAGCGAGUUCGGGUCAUUUGUGCUCGAACAUCCCUCUUUUUUUGGUUUGAUGUAGAGGAUCAGUGACGCGCUUCACUGCUUUGAGCUUGGUUGUAAAAUUAUCGACACAUUGUGUAUACCAGGCCAUGUACUUAAUUUUAAUGUUAAUUAAUUUAAUACUCAGCAAAUUUGCGAGUUUAGUGGACACACCAUGUUUAGUUUCAUAGUU